AGAUCCGUCACAGUCCCUCAAGGUAUCCCAUAUCUCUUUUUCGUUGAAAGGUUGCACCAGAAAGAGAGCAACAAAUGGUUACUUUCAAGCACAAAAAGUGCUCAGGCAAGGAGAUCCAUUAUCACUAGGCUUGUUCGUUUUAAUCAUGGAUGUUCUCUCGUUCAUGCUGACCAGGCUGAAAAUUGAAGGUAAAAUCAAUGGUUUUUUCAUGAAUGAAUCUACGCAGGAAGGAGAAGUUAUUCAUCUUUUAUUCGCGGACGAUACCCUGAUCUUCUGUGAAUCAUUCCAUGAGCAGGUUUUGCAUAUCACUGCCACUUUAGCGUGCCUCCAAGCAGUCACUGGUUUGAAAAUUAACCUCGAAAAGUCGGUGUUGUACAUAGUUGGUGAUGUUCCGGCUCCCAAUUUCUUUGCGAGCAUCAUUGGUUUCAAAUGGAGUAAUCAACCUCCAAAAUAUCUAGGCUACCCCGUUGGUGCGAAACUGAAUACAAAUGCUUUCUCGGACCCAAUCGUGAAUAGCUAUCAGAAACGCCUUGAUAGCUGGAGUAGCAGAUAUCUUUCCUCUGCAGGAAGAUUGGUCCUUAUCAAUUCGGUUCUCUCGAGCUUGGAAGUUUACUACUUCUCCCUCUUUAAAGCUCCAAAGACUGUGAUCAACAAUCUCGAGAGAGUCCAAAGAAAUUUCUUGUGGAGUGGUACAGAUGAAAUAAGGGAAAUUCUCAUUACUCAAUUGGAAGAUUUGCAAAGCAACAUGGGACAGUGGAGGUAUGGGAAUUUGUGAUCUUGCUUCAUUCAAUAGCGCGCUGCUCUCUAAAUGGCUUUGGAAGUUUGCAAUCGACAGAAAUAGUUGCGGGAGAUCUCUUAUUGACAUCAAAUAUAAAAAUCGAGUUUCUCAAUGGCAAACUGGAAGAAUUAGAGGAUGCAGUUCAAGCUUUGUAUGGGCUAAUAUUACAAGAGAAUAUGAUCUGUUCUGGAAUCAUGCUUCAUUGACCCAGGUGGAGGCGCUCAUAUUUAUUUCUGGCAGGACCAAUGGAUACCGGGCUGCUCACUUGUUACUUCCUUUCCCCGCAACGCUGCUGCUACCUCAAGCCCGGAAGCAAGGAUCAACGACAUCGUCAACUUUUCAGGUAAUCAUACAUUAUGGAAUAUCAACUUAUCUUUUCAUCUGUGAGGGGGAGCUGAAAGGAAGAGGGAGAGAUUAUUUGACCUUCUUAAUUCAUACUAUUUUCUUGAUAAAGCUAACAACCCUUGUAGAGUUGUUUGACAUCCCAACCUGGAGUUUAGUUUCACAAUUAACUCAAUGUACAAAGCUCUUUCAGUCAACAGGUUUCCUGGUGUUUCGGACUUUCCGUCGUAGUCUGUAUGGAUGAAGAUUGUACCACCAAAAAUUUGGUUCUUCCUCUGGAUCCUUGCACACAAGAAGACGCUGACUCUUGACAUGCUUCAAAGAAAAGGAUGGAACUUAGCAAAUCGAUGUGAACUUUGUUGCAAUAAUGAAGAAUCUGCCCAACAUCUGUUUGUGAAUUGCCCCUUUACAGAUCAAGCUUGGAAAUUGAUAGGGAGAGCUUGCAGAUCGAUUGUCUUCCCUUUCAAUUCGGAUCUCAACACCAUAAUCAGAAUAUGGCCUGCAUCUACUCCUGACAUGUGGAAAUGUGGUUCAAACAUGAUAAUUUUCACGCAGUGUCGUGGUCGAACUAGCUGGAACGAAAUCAAAGGAUUUUCAACAAUGUCGCGACGAGCGUUGAAGGAACAGUGGUGAAAAUUCUCAAAAUGGCUACGAGGUGGAUUGUCGCACAUGAAAAAACAGACAAAAUUCAAGCUUCCCAAUGGCUGCGGAACAACCUUCAGCAGGUUUUUUGCUCGCGUUGAUCCUCGUUCCGGAGUCUUGUGUUUUUUGUUUCAGUAAGCUUCAUUUUGGCUGCUGCUGUUGUCCUCGUUUCGGGUGACGUUCUUUCUUGCGUCCCUGCCUGCGCCUAGACAACCCUUCUUUUACAGUUUUUGUUUCUGGUUUUGCUUUUCAGGACUGUUUUUGCUGUUUGUUUCUCACAUUGCCCGGAACUCUUGUUGCUGCUUGCUGUUUGGGUUGUGGUUAGGCCCUUGGCUUGCCACUCUCAUUCUUUUUUUUUUCCUCUUUUCUUUUUCUUUUUCUUCCGGAUCUGGCACCUCUUGUGCUCGUUCCGGUGGCUCUUUGUAUUUCUCUUUGCCUUUUCCCUUAAGACAUUUAUCACCUUCAUAAAAAAACGCGUCAAGCGAGUUUCAAAAGCGCUCCGAUUUAUUUUCUUUGAUGGUUAAUGAUGGACCGAAAAGUUUUUCACGGUUGAACUAGGGGUUUGCAAUUGUCCGAACCAGACUCAUGAGAAUUGUUAUCCAACAGUGAAAUACAUCUUAGCACCAAGG